ACAAAAAAAAAAAAACACUCGGAAAGACCGGAACUCGAGUCCUUAACGAAACCAUGACCGACGCUCCGUGUUCCGGAUCCGAGGUUCGACCUCCAAAAUCGCUCCUUAGUGGCCGCGACCUGCUAGAGCACCACAUCAGCACCUACGACGUUCGGGGCCUUCCGAUCAAGUUGACCUGCGCCGAAGAGGAACCGGACCAGGCGGAAGCCGUCCAACGGUUGAAGGACGAAUUCCGGCUGCUUUUGGCGCAAAAUCGCGUCGGUAAAGCAGACCUCUACUCGGAAGGCGAGUGGCAACGUGACCGGAAGCGCGUUCGGCUGCGGCGCACAGCCGGCAAGUGGAACCUGUACGGGUACAUGGAGGACAAGGUGCACUAUUUGGACGGGUACGAGGCGUUGCAUCUGAUGGAAAUGAACAGAUUACUCGUGUACUGGAAUUCGGUGCUAGUUUCACUUGAGCAGGCUUACACUCUGUUCUUGGGAUAUGAGGAAUCGCUCAGUUUAGAAGAGUACCAAGUUUACAACUCGCUGAUGAGGGCCGGCUUUUAUCUGCUAAAGUUUGAUUGCAAUCGGAAAUACCGACCGGAAGUGACUGGGAAAGAGUUGGACGACGAAACCAAAUGUGUUUGGAGGAAUUUAUUUGAUGUUUUGAGGCAACCCAAUCCGUUGAUUGACGAAGAAGUGCCAGAUGAAGCUUUGAAAGACAAAGUAAGGAGUUCGAUGCAACGAUUUAACACAGCAAUAAUUUUGCAAGAAUCUUCUGAAGAUUUGAGUGGAGAUGUCGAUGCAACGAAUAGUUCAGACAAACGAAAAAUCUCACUGAGUAAUGAAGAACAAGUUACUAAAAAACACAAACCGGAAGAAAGCUUUUUGCAAAAAGAUUCCGAAACCUGCUCAAAGUUGGCAAAAUUCCAGCAACUCUUCCAGCGAUUCGACAUUAUUCGAAACAGCUUGGACGAUUCCCCGCAUGGACAUCCAAACACCAAGUUAAAACUCCUGUUUGACAUGUUCCCCAGCGAUGUCACCAACUUCAAACGGAGUGAACCAAUGCUGCCGGAGUUUCGAAUUGUCGUCACGACCACCAGAGACCCACUUCCGACGGCGGCGGAUGUGGCGCACCUCUAUCGGACUCAACCGCAGGCGGCGGUGCCGAUUCUGGUGAUGCAGGUGGCGGACACGCUCACCAUUCACUGUUUUCUGUACAGUUUUUACCGGCUGGGGCGAAAUUUGGUAACGGUGAGGGCGCCGGAAAGGACGGGGAGAGCGCGGAAGAAGGUUGCAGUGGAAGAUGACGAAGGGCAGCUUGAGGCAGGAGUUUCCAAUGCGUCGCUUGGGGAGGGGGAUGUGAUGGCUUUGAGUGAAUAA